GGUAGUAGUAGAUGCCCCCCAGGGCGGGGAGGCCGGUGUAUCCUCCCGCCGAGCCGCAGGACACGGAGCUGCAGACCAGGAUCAGGGCGGCGAGCAGGACCUCCACCAUCUGGCAGCAGGCUGGAGGGGAGGCCGAGCUGCCCCAGCACGGAGCCUGUGUCUCCUGAUACAGUCACAAACACCAUGGGAUCUGUCCUGCAGUUGCAGCUGUGAGGUUCCAGUUCAGCCCUUGGCGGACCAUGUUCAGGUGUUCAGGAGCAACAGCAAUAACCUUAUAGACUUAUGUGAUGAAAAGCCUAAAAACUGCACUUCAGCACUGUAGAAAAACACUCUCCUCAACACUUCACCUGAUUCCACAGAGGACUGGAGAUCUGAAAAUGCAUCUUAAAAUUUAGUUAGAAUGAGCUCUCAGGAUGGACUCGUACCUGAUCCAAGUGAAUGGCCAUGGACAUCAUGCCCCUAUGCUAGAUGUUCAUCUCAAGAACACUGGGAACACCAUAUCACCAGGGAAGGUGAAGGGUCGGAAGCCAAGAUGGGCUGUAAGGGCUUCUGAAAUGUCAAAGAAGACUUUCAAUCCCAUCCGAGCCAUUGUAGACAGCAUGAAGGUGGAACCCAACCCAAAGAAAGCCAUGAUCUCCUUGUCAUUAGGAGACCCGACGGUCUUUGGAAACCUUCCCACAAAUGAUGAGGUCACACGGGCUGUGAAGGAGGUUUUGGACUCAGGACAGUACAAUGGUUAUGCUCCAUCUGUUGGCUACCAGUCCUGCCGGGAAGCUGUUGCUGCAUACUACAACUGCCCAGAGGCACCACUGAAGGCCCAGGAUGUCAUCUUAACAAGUGGCUGCAGCCAGGCCAUAGAGCUUGCCUUGGCAGUGCUGGCCAACCCAGGGCAGAACAUCCUGGUGCCACGGCCUGGCUUCUCCCUCUACAAGACUCUGGCAUUGUCUAUGGGGAUAGAGGUCAAACUCUAUAACCUCUUGCCAGAGAAGGCCUGGGAAAUUGAUUUGGAGCACUUGGAGUCUUUGGUGGAUGAGAAAACAGCUUGCCUCAUUGUGAACAACCCAUCGAACCCCUGUGGCUCUGUGUUCCGCAAGAGCCACCUCCAGGAGAUCCUGGCAGUGGCAUCAAGACAGUGUGUGCCCAUCCUGGCUGAUGAGAUCUACGGAGACAUGGUAUUUGCUGACUACAAGUAUGAACCCAUUGCAACUCUCAGCACCAAUGUGCCAAUCUUGUCCUGCGGCGGCUUGGCAAAGCGAUGGCUGGUCCCUGGCUGGCGGAUGGGCUGGAUCCUGAUUCAUGACAGAAGAGACAUCUUUGGUAAUGAGAUCAGGGACGGCCUUCUAAGACUGAGUCAAAGGAUCCUAGGACCCUGUACAAUUGUCCAAGGAGCACUGGAGCGUAUCUUGCACCGAACACCACCUGAGUUCUACCACAACACCCUAAGCAUCCUCAAGUCUAAUGCUGACCUUUGUUAUGCUGCCUUAUCAGCUAUCCCUGGCCUUCAGCCUGUCAGGCCUGCUGGAGCCAUGUACCUUAUGGUUGAGAUAGAGAUGGAGCAUUUUCCGGAGUUUGAAAAUGACGUGGAGUUCACUGAGCGACUCAUCUCGGAGCAGUCUGUGUUCUGCUUGCCAGCCACGUGCUUUGAGUACCCAAACUUCUUCCGCGUAGUGAUCACCGUGCCUGAGGAGAUGAUCUUGGAGGCCUGCAGUCGCAUUCAGGAGUUCUGUGAGAUGCACUACCAGGGUGCUGAGGGGGCCCAGGAUCUGGAGUGUGACAAGUAGCUACAGAUGGCCCCCUGCCUCUGUCAGGCUAGACCUUGUAUGAGGCAGCAGCUGGGCAGGCAAGGCUGCUUCCAGCCAGCCCCACCUCUCUCUGCCUAUAAGCAGCCACUGUCCUGCUGCUUCACUUUUUGUGGUCCACAGGCUCCUCAGCAUUAUGGAAAGAAGACUCUUCUCUCUCCUCCUCCACUAGAGCUUGCACAUCCUCUUGCUUCCAGUCCCCCAUGUCUCUGUAGAUUCAGCAUCUGUGCCCUGUGUUGGUCUGUGUUACCUGUGAACCAGCUGCAGGCAGGGGCAGAAGGUUUUUCCGGGGUUGGGCCCUUUGUCAAAGGCCCUGUUGGCCUGUGGCUCCUGUGCUGGCCACACUUCCCCAUUGGGGACAGGAGAAGGCUGCUGUCUUGGAGGAUAAAACUACCCACCUCUCACUUCCCUGUGUUACUUUAGGAGGCCAGAGCUCUUUAUACCAAGCCCUUUGUGUGAUAAAGGGAGUAAGUUAUUGUAACUUUUUUAUUAAUAAAAAUUCUGACAUGGCAGUCCUGCACUGUCCUACUGUUGCGUCAGGUUAGGCUUGGUCACUGUGUGGGUCACCUUUGCUCACCUCAUGGUAUUUCAGUGCACCAGGCAUGUCCCUGCCUGCCCAGGGCCAUCCUGUGUGCCAGGAGGGAUAUGGUGAGAGUGAUUCAGACCCCCAAAGAAACCCACCAACCCUGAGAGCAGGAUGGGCCCUGAAAGCUUGACACAGACUGGAGCCAGUCCCUCCUGCCCUGAUGAUGUUGGCAGCUUGCUGUGGCAGCCUGUCUACUUCCCACAGAACAGUCCUGUCUUCACCUUCUCCUUGGCCCUCACAUCCUCCCCCACCCAGCAGAGCAGUGGGUGCUGUCCUUGCUGCUGCAGGGAGGCAACUGUCCCCAGGACUGGAGCCAGCCAUGCCUAAAUACUCAAGGCUUGGCAUGCCUUUCUUGCUGUAGUGGUGAAUCAUGGGGUGGCACCCCAUGGCUCAUACUAUAUGUGGUGUUUGUGACAUGCCAGUGGUACCAGGAUUACUGAUUGCUGAAUACGUCAGCUCCAUAAAGUAAUGAGGAACUGGUGGCCUGUUGUCUGAUUAUUCAGUGGAAAUGGGAGGAGAUGAUAAUGCCCAUUGCAACAAGUGUUCUGGUGAGAUGCUCAGGACUCAUUUCUGCAACUCUCAGAGGGGCAACUUGCGGAGUGCCUUAUAUUGCCACCUUCAGCUCUGUUCAUGUGUUCCCCACAGGGUUGGGAUCUACAGGUCAACCCUGCCUCCCCAAUGGCAGGAAAAGUGAGCUAGCUCUGGAUUACACCAGGCCAGUCCUGCCAGGUUCUAUAACGGUCUCAUUGUCUCCCCUUACCUUGGCAGUACAAAAUCUGGGUACCAGUACUCCAUUAGAGGGGAGGGCUAAAUGAGAAAGCAGUAUAUGAAAAGGUCUUUGACAUGUUAGCUGAGUGUGCAUGCUACAUCUUUUCCUUUCACAGAAAACAAUCCCAGAACAAAAAGAGAGGGAAGCUGGGGCUAUGGUGAAUGGGUGAAUGGUACACAGCUUCAGAGAUUUCAUGCCAUUAGAUCUUCAAAUAGAGCUGAAUAACCAGAACUGCUUAAGACAUUGACAAGUAACAAGCAGGGUGGUGUAUGAAGGAUCUGUUGGACCAGGAGACCUUUACAGCAUGAUGUUGCUGCACUGUUAUGCCGUCUUGAACCUACUGCAGCUUUCAUGUUCCAUCUACUUCCUUCAACUCUUCUCCAUGUACCGUAGGUUCUGUGGCUUUAAUCCCCAUUAAGUCCACUCAGAGAUGUCUGUUAACAUGCAAAUAUUCUGCAAUAAUUAACACAAUGCUGUUUCUUUUUUACCCAGCCACAUUUGACUGAGAAGGCUGACAGAGCCAGAGAAAUAGGCAUAUAUAUACCUCAUAAAUCUCAGGAUAUUUUGAUUUCUCAAGGACACAUCCUCCAUUGUCAUCUUUUGUAAACAUAUCCUUUUGACCACACCUAGGUUUUCCCUGAUGCAAUAGCAAACUAGCAUUAAACCACAAAUGUGCUGGUAUCAUUUUUCAGGUAUUAUACUCACAGAUGCUUUGCGUCAUAGUGUGGGCGUAGGUUAGAGCACCCUGCCAGCCAUACAAACUAGCCUAAGUUGGAGUUUGGAGGUACUCUGUGCCGAAGGAAACCCCUGCAGCAUUGAGACCAAGGAAGAAGUCAAGACACAGAUCUGAAGCUGCUCUUUGGAGAUGCUCAGACAAGAUCUGCAGAGCUUUACCAGAGCUGCCCCAGUGCUCUUAUAACUCAUUGUGGGAAAAUAAGGGAAGAUUGGCCAGGAGGAUUGUAAAUACACUCAAGUGUCUUGCAGGUGAAGCGUAGAAAAACAUAUAUAUUAUACUAAUUGUUUAGUCUUGUGUGUUUGGUAAGUGGAACAUCUCUUUUUAUAUAACAUAGGUCUGUGCUAGACUUAGAACCACCCUAUUGAAUAUGCUUGGCAUUCCUGCUUUGCUGUGGUAAAGAUCAAAUCUCAGUGGUAAACUGUGCCUGCAAUAAUCCCUGAUAUACAUGUGAAAACAGCAGGUUUGGUGAUCCUUGAGUAUGGACUAGACUCCACAGUGCUGGGAUCCCUAUUUGUGUGCCUCUGCCUGGGUCCUGCUUGGAAGAUUCCCUGGUUGGUGAGGUAACAGAAGUAAAUUUACUCUGCAUGUCAUAUGUGUUUUGGUGGUUGUUACUGCAUCCUGCCUGUGCCGGCUCACACACUGAUCCACAGCCAUCCUCCCUGUCUUAGCUGGGGAGCAGCAGUGGUACAAACCUGGCACAGGCUUGCAUUGUGCGUCUGCCCUUUUCUGUGCUGUCUGGGCUGGCCAUGUUUAGGAUUAGGGUGAUUUACCUCAGAUAUGGGGACCUAGGCAAGGAGGCAACCUUAUGCCUAGGGCUCUCUUUGGGAAAUGAAGGAACUUCUCAGCUUGAAGUGUACUAAUCCUCAGCUUCCAAAGCGACUGGCAGUAGGUUCAACCCCGACAGGGAAACUGACACCGCAGGCAAGCUGGGACAAAUUGCACCUGCCAGCAGUGAGAUCAUCAGUUCCCCCAGGUGUUUUAGGAACCUCAGUGUAGCCUGGCUCCUGGCACUGGCCUCACCCACCCAGUAGCCCUGACUGCCUUCAGCUGGUCUAUAGACCAAAGGGGAGGUCCCUGAAGGUCUUCCUGCCUUGGGGCCAUGGACUUUGCCUGCAAGAGCCUGUCUACACUAGCCUGCUCUCUUACCAUCAUGUAGCCAUGCUGUACACCUGCGGUGGAAGAUGUGGUUUUCACUGAUUUAGACUCAGGAUAGUUGCAAGGAAGCAGUCUGGGGGAUAAUCAUGGAGGUCCUGGUGAGCCAGAGCCCAGCCUUUCCGGGAGUUCAGGUCGGAGCAUACAGAAUUCCAGAGGAGUAGGAACAGAUGGCAGAAGCUCAAACCCCCCACGGACCACAGCUGAAGACUAGGGAAACCACAUAGAGCAAUUGCACUGCCAAAGAAGAGGAACUAUAAGAGGAAGCUGAGUAAAGAAAACAUCACUUGAUAUACUGCCAUGCAGGAUAUGUAGUGGCAGAAAAGACGCAAGGAUGACUGGACAUUUGGUUUCUGGAAAGAUGUUGGACUUUGGUUUGAUUUUGUGUUGGGUUUUUUUGUUUUGUGGGGUUUAGUUUUUUGUUUUGUUUUGGGGUUUUUGGUUUGUUUGUUUGUUUUUUAAUGGUUGCAUUUUCAAGUCCAGUUUUUUUCCUUUUGCUCCAUUCAUGUGUCUGAGUAUCCAGCCUUGGUAGCAAAGAUGGGGAAAUGUUUGUGUUCACUUACUGUAUAAUAGGAAAAUGGAAUAAACCAGCUAUUGCUGAAAAUAAAACUCCUGGGUUUUCAUGUGGGAAACCAUUUCUGUGAUUAUGUGAAUCCAUUUAUUUUUUUGCUGAAAUAAUUCUGUCUUCUAGCUUUCAAACCCAAGAACAGUUGUUUUCCUGGGAAUUCCCACAGUCCACACGGGUGGCAGAAGAAUUUAUGCUAAGGUUGACAUCCUAAAGACAAGGUAUACAAAUAUUGCUGCUCCAGGGAAUAAUAGGAAGAAACUUCUUUGAGCCACAAAAAGAACCUUCCUGACCUUUUGUGAUAGUAGAGGAACCUGAUAGGAAUAUGGAAAACCAAACUGUCUCCAGCAUGUUGAAAGGAACAUAACUGUGUUGUAGGGCAUAUACCACUGUAACACUGUGGUACUGCUGACAUGUGUAUGCAGCCCCAGCUAGAGAAUGGGAGCUUUCAGCUGCAGGAGGUGACAGGUCUCCUGUUUAUGAACCUGGUCAUCAGCAAAACUUGCAUUUCAAACCAAGCUGGUAACAUUCCUAAUGUAAAAAAAAAAUUACUGUAUUAGCUAUAUUGUCUUGCAUUCCCUCAUUAAGUGCUUGUCUGGCUUCCACACAAAUCUCAAAUAACUGUUCAAAGUCUGAAUAGCAUGACUGUGCCAUAUAAUUCUCACUUUUUCAGUCCAGUGAAACACUGUGUAGUGCUGUUUGAGCAUUUAUUUGGUUACAUUGGUUAAUUCCUUGAAUAAUCAGUAGGUGUUGCAGUGGUUUCCCAAAACAGCAGUCUCGUUAUACCGUUUUUUAUUUUCAGUAUAAUUUUAAUUUGGCUUAACAGCAGCCAUUUCACAACUCACCUUAAUUUUCUGAGUGCCACAGUGCAAUAUGCUAAAAACCCAAAAUAUUAACUCUUUAGAGAGGUUAAAAAAAACAACCAACCAAACUUUGCCUUUGCCAGCCCAUUUUAUUUCACCAAAGAAUGAAUUCCAGAUUUUUAGUACUCCCUUCAAAUAGUAUUAAAAGAAGUAACCAGAGCACAAUUUCAGGCUAAAAGUACUGAAUUUUUCAGAUUAUGUAUCCUAGCAAUAGUGUUCUCUCUCAAACACAACUUAGGUGACAGAUACAUAACCUCGGAUCAUACCCUCUUAACUUUCACUUCCUACUUCAACUAUUACUCAUAGCCCUGAAAGCUGGUGUACUUUUCCCCAGUAGAAUAUACAGCCUGGUACAAGCAUUCUUUUGAUUAAAGCAGCUGCAUCCUCUUAGAUCUGCAGAGAUGCAAAACAGGCCUUUUAAUACAAAAAAAAAAAAAAGGCAUUUCUUAAACUUCAGAACUUUGAUCAAAUUUUCCACUGUGUUUCUGAAAU